AGCAUCAACAUUAACAUCUGACCUCAGUCGAGUUUGACAUUCAGAAGAGUAACUACGACUUGUACAAUGGCAGUUUUGGUGAAAACUUGUUGCUGCGGGUGCAGUCUACGAACAGGUGUUAUGAUUCUCGGAAUCUUCGGCCUAUGAUCAUCACACUGGGUUACGUUAACCUCGCAUUCAAAGUGAUCUCACUGUUGGUGAACCUGUUACUUCUGGGAUCAAGUUGCUCAGGUGACGCGCGCUUGGCAUUUCCUUGGCUUGGGUGGAGUAUGUUCGUGCUCUUCUUCAAUUUUGGAUUGAUCGCAUUUUUUAUUAUCGUCAUCAGAGGGUUUGCAUUCUUCUUGCUUCUCUACGGCAUUGAAUGGCUGCUGUCGAUCUACUUCAUCGUGGUGGUGUAUUCGUACAUCGAAGACCUUGGUCGAGAUCCAAUUCCACCUGGAAACAUUGAACAGGCGGAACCACCCCUUGGAAUGUCCACUGCUCAAUUUCCAUUAAAUGUAAUUUAUCCAUCGGGAACAAGUUCCACUUUUUCUUCCUCCUUUGACAGGCGGCAACCAAAGUCAAGUGGUUGGAAAUCGACCCACCCUGGUUUUGGAGGGGGGUCAGCAGAUGCCGGUGGGAGCUCAGGAGGUUGUGGAGGUGAUGGAGGUGGUAACUGACUCUCAUGAAGGACCAACUAAUUCGAAUUAAGGAAAAACAUUUUUUUUUCGGAUGACAGACUCGGAUUUAGGGGACGGUCAUUGUCUAUCGCCUCUGAGUGUGUGCGUGUGUGCGUGUGUGCGUGUGUGCAUGGGUGCGUGGGUGCGGGAGCGCGUAGGUGUGUGUGAGAGGACGGUGGGUAAAGGAGGUAUUGAAGGAUUUUGGUCGUGUCACAAUGAAAUUUACCUGAUUCCCUCCUCUACGGCUCAGUAUUGUUCUAAUGAUCCCUCAUUGGUAGUCAGUUCCGUGUAGUUGCCCCGUUACACUGUAUUGGGAAGACAUUACCCCCCCUCCCAUCCGUUGCCCCUGAAAACCAUUUGGCCGCGCCAAAAUCCUCCCAACUAAACCCCCACCCCGGCUACAAAUAAUGGCGGGAAUUUAUAUUCGUAGGAGUUGAUAUUGAAAUGUUAUUUGAAACAUUUUUACUUAAUACUAUAUACAUCGUCACGUUCAUUUUCAAAAUUAUUUUGGUAUUGUUCAGCUUAUAAUUAGUAGUAUAAUAGGAAUUCUAUUGAGGAUUUUGAUCGCCCAUACUAGAAUUCAAGUUAACGUGAAGUGAUUCGAAGAACUAGUUUCAGAGUUGAAGCUUAAAAAGAUAAUGUAGGUGUAUAUUUUAAAUGUAAAAUGGCCGAUAUUUUUUUUUUUUAAAUAAACAAAACUGUAUUGGAAACAAAACAAAAUAACAUGUAAACAUUGGUUUACGACAGUCAAUAAAAAAUAAUAAAGUAACAAAAUGUGUUUUAUAACCAUUAGACGUAGUUCAUACAAAAAGAAAAAAUAAGAAAAAGCAUGCAUCAAAGUAAAGGCCUGUCAGUUGCCACAUAUAUUUAAUAAGAUUUGCCACCAUUUCAAUACGGUACUGUUCGAAUAACUUGCUGAUGAAUGGCCGAUAUGGUUUAGGUUAAUUAACUGUUGUGAAUAAUAAAAUCGAUCAAAAAUGGAGUAUUUCAAAGUAUAUCGAGGAACAAUUUUGAUUAAUAAAAUGAAAACGAU